AUGCUCAAAGUUCCGCGACGCCAAUGGGUUUUGAGCCGAGACGCAGCAUCAGCCACCUGGGCUGCGGCAGGGCGCCUGGACGAUGCUACUCCCAAGAUGAAUGUUCCCGUCAUCCGGGGAGCCGUCGCACCUGCCUCCUCGGCCUUCAGAGGUCUUGCUUCUGGGAAACUUUUUGCGCGGAGCGGCCUCUACUCGAGCUCCAUUCACAAGGUUACCACUUCUGGUCGCCCGGCGAUGCGGUCCGUAUCCUUGGGCACCGCGGUGCUCGUCUUACUCGGAGCCGACUUGUCUAUUGCCGUGGACGAGACCCUCUUGAAAGGCUUCUCGCAAUCCGUCAGUGGAGAUGGCUUCCUGGCGAUGCCUGUUGGCACCGUGAACCGACUACCUGGCGUAAGGCGAGCUGCGAACGCCUUUGAGGACCAGCUCAAUAACAUGGACUUCUUUUAUGCCACAGACGUCAACAUUGGCAGCCCUCCCCAACGAGUCACAGUACUCGUCGAUACUGGUUCAAGUGAAUUAUGGGUCAACCCUGAUUGCAGAACGACCAAAACUCGAGAGCAGGCAAAGCAGUGCCAGCAAUUUGGCCAAUAUAAUCCCCAACAGUCCAAUAAGUCCUACGGACCCUUUGGAAAGGAGCAGCUCAAUUACGGAGACCCUUCCGAUCCCAAGACCCAAACGUCAGUCUUGAUUCACUAUUAUUCCGAUACGGUUGCACUUGGAGAUGCCAAAAUCAACAACCAAACAUUUGGGGUCGUGGCGGAGAGCAAGGGCCAGGCCCAAGGUAUCAUGGGGUUAGCACCAGACUUGAAGGACGGUUUUACUAUCGACGAACCAUACAGCUUGGUCCUGGACUCCAUGGCCCAGCAAGGCGUCAUUUCCAGCCGGGUAUUUUCUCUAGACUUGCGCCACUCUGACGAUCAGUACGGCGCUGUUAUUUAUGGUGGUCUGGACAGGAAUAAAUUCAUCGGUGCACUUGAGAAGCGUCCAAUCGUCAAGGGCGUUGGCGGUGAGUGGCGGCUCGCGGUUGAGUUGACAACGAUUGGCAUCACCAUGUCAUCAUCAUCCAGCUUCGCAGUCAACAAAUCCGAUGCCAAUGUUAUGCUGGACUCUGGGACGACAAUUACCCGCAUGCAUUCCACCGUAGCCGUACCUAUACUGCGCGCUCUUAAUGCCACGGAUGACGGCGAAGGCUACUACCAGGUGCCUUGUUCGGCCAAGACGUCCAGAGGCAGCGUAGACUUUGGAUUUGGAAGUAAGACGAUUCGCGUGCCAUUGAAGGACUUUAUUUUGGAUUUGGGCGGUUCUUCCGACACGUGUUACGUUGGCAUGGUCCUCACAACAGACCAACAGAUCCUGGGAGACAGUGUUCUCCGCGCUGGUUAUUUUGUAUUCGACUGGGACAACCAGGAGGUGCAUAUUGCCCAAGCCGCCAACUGCGACAAGAAUGAUAUUGUUGCCGUUUCGUCUGGUACAGAUGCGGUUCCUUCUGCCACUGGAAAUUGCAAAGCAAGUGACACUUCUGUUACUGGUACUGGUAGUGCCCAGCCAACUUCCACGACGGGCAGCGUCUCUACCAAGACUUACACGACGGCCUAUACCAUCACUUCGUGCCCGUCUAUUGAUCCCGCCUGCGUGACCGGCGUGGUGACGACACAGACAGUCCAGGCGGUAUCCACGGGUGGCGGCGGUAACAAAAACGCUGGAGUGCGAGUCACGGCGAUAAGUUCUCUGCAGGUUAUAAUCGGUGUUGCGGGCAUGGCAUGCAACAUUUUAUGUUGA